AUGAGGUAACAACCAUAUACUUUUCUCCUUUGUACAAACUUUAGCCAUCCAUGCCCAAAUCCAUAAUAGGGAUAUGUGAAAGCAUCUUUACUCUACUGAGUUACUGAACCAGUCACGUAGUCCAGCAUUAGUCAUCAAUUUGAUCAGGAGGACACCUGGUCUCACUGCUCUCCUCCCUGAAGGUCCGUGAUGCCAAAGGAGCAUUUUGGGGAGCAGCCCGAGCGCGUACCCCAGGGCACCUCUAAGAAUGCCAAGGAUAAGAGUAACAGUGCCACUCUGCGGGCAUCCCAGGGUGGCACUCACAGAGACCAGGAGGGUAGGAGAAUGGGCAUGAACGGGAGGAUGUCACGCUCUGACUCAGAGAAGGACUCAGAGAAAGACUCGGGAUACUCCGGUGAGUAACUCUACUUUUGUCCACAAGAGAUAUUCCCUUUUUUGCCCACAGCAAACAUUGGCACCAUGUGGCCCAGGGUUGGGAUCAAUUUGAAUUGGCCCAUAGAGAUGUAUAGAGAUCGUUACAUGGAAAUAACCUGUUUUUGCAUGGAUACUGCCAUUGAGGGCUUCCGCCAUUUUAAAGUAGUCAACUGUGUGGCGAUUCCUAUGGGUUGGCAGCCAUUAGCCAAUGAUCAGAGCAUUGUCUUCUUUCAAAUUGGGUUGCGUAUGGUUUGUAAAUGGUUUUAAGCUAUAUGGCCGCCAUCUAGUGGUCACAAUAAUAAAUGACACAAGAUUUACUGUAGGUGGCGGUAAGUCACCAAUAUUAGCUUUACACUUUUUUCAAACAUCAAAAGUAGAAGAAAAUUGACUUUAAAAUGGAGAUGUCACAGACGACAUAAUGGCACAGAUACAACGUUGCGAUCUCUACACAUCUCUAUGAAUUGGCCACACCCCACAGGAAGCUGAAUUAGAAUUUAAUUAAAAGCGUUUCAAACCAAUUCAACUGAGACAUGAAACAUGAUAGUGUCAUUCAUUUGACAAACCUUUUAUUCAAAUGAUAUGCCACUUAUCCAUGCAAAGAAUACACAUACCAUUUAAAAUAUUAGUUUGAUUAUAACUCAAAGAUGUCAAACAGUAUUUUCUUUUAAUGAGAUGUUAUUGUUCCCUUCCAUACUGCAGUGUUUGAUCUAUUGCAUUCUGGGAAUGUAUUUUUUUAAAAUAUAUUUAAAAACAUUAAGGGAAUAAUGAAUUAUUAUAGACAACCCACAACAUGAUCUUAACAUAUUUACAGACCACUGUAAUUAUUUAAAAUAGUUUUAGGAGAAUGAGUUUUCAAAAAUGAAAUAUUUCAACCUUAUGCUACACGGUAUUGGUAACCAUACAGUAUGUAAAAAAUAAACAUUACUAUGGUGAGUGAUGUGUAGAAUAAAUAAGCCAUUUGAAUUUCAUUGAAAUAAAUUAUACUUCCUUUAAUUCAAAUUCUGCUUCCUGUAGGGUGUGGCCAAUUCAAAUUCAAUAAUUUUAUUGGAAUUAAAGAGCAAUUCGCAACUCAAUUAAGAAUUAUCCCGAACCCUGAUGUGGGCCCAAUGCAGGCUCAAAUAUUGAUCCGAUCUAGCAUGGCCAUAUUGGGCCGAUGCGACUUUGUUCGUCAGCGUUAUAGUGAGUGUAGCCCUCAGUUUGUGUGAGCAGCCCAUAUCUGGUGAGUGUAGCCCUCACUUUGCCUGCUAUAAACUCACCCUUUGGAUCAGCUGCCAUUAUUGGGCUCAUUUGUGGACCACUAUGAGCUCAUGGACUUGGCCCUACAAAAAAAAAAAAAAAACAGUAGGACAACCAGGAAAUGGAAUCAUUAAAAACGUUGGGACCAGCUGGGUUUGUGUAUUGCACGUACUGGAGGAAAAGAAAAGGGGGAAACCUAGUCAGUUGUACAACUGACUACCCCUCUGAAUCAGAGGAGUCCUACUGGUGUCAUACAUUCACCCAGCUACCUUAAGAUGAAUGCACCAACUAAGUGGCUCUGGAUAGGAGCGUCUGCUAAAUGACUCAAAUGUAAAUGUUUUAAUGGCUUUGUCAACAGAAUGAAUCUCCUCCCCCUUUCAUUUCUCUCUCUUACUCUCUCUCUCUCUCUCUUUCUUUCUUUCUCUCCUCCUUCCACCCCUCUCUUUCUCUUCCCCAGAGGCUGGUUCGGACUCGGUGCAAAUUGAUCUGGAUGACCAGCGUAGCAGCGUGAGUGAGCCCCACCGGGCCCACCGCAGUAGCAGUUCCCUGCCCCACCGGGCCCACCGCAGUAGCAGCUCCCUGGGCCACAACAUGCCCCCGUUUGAGGAGCAAAACCCCAUCUACGUCAUCAAGAACCUGGUGGUUAAACCGGUGAGACACUCAGCCCUGAAAGCGUGUGUCAUUGUAGAUUACAAUAAUGUUUGGUUAGGGUUUGCAUUGUCAAUUAUUUGUUCAAAGCAUAUUUUCCUCGUCCCCUUCCUGUUCCUUUUAUCUGAUCUGUGAAUGUAACCCCCUCCCCAUGUCUUAUCUGUGUUCUCUGGCUCCUGCUCUGCUCACAAUACACCCCUGGUUAUAACCUCCUGAUGGUGUAGUCCGGACCAGAGGAACUACUGCACAGACCCCUGGCAUGGGGGGGAGGAUGGGACAGUCUGUCUGGUUUCAAGGCCCCCACCCAGCACCUGCUCAUCCAAAAACCAGGGGUACCCUCCCCCUUCCUUGCCCCCUCCAAUCUGCCAGAUCCCCAGGGCCAGUCCAAGAAAGGGGGCAGUAGAAGCAACAAGAACCAUACCAGCAAGAACUCCUACCUCCCCAUCCUCAACUCCUACCCCCGAAUCGCCCCCCACCCGAGGAAGGAAGGCUUAGAGCAGGGCAGAGAGGGUGCAGGGGCGGUGAAGGAGAGCAGCAGAGAGGGCCAGAGCCGGAGCAAGAGGGUGUGUACAGAGGACAAGAGAGAAGCAGUGUCCACCACCACUCAUCUUCGACCACAGCAGCACCACCACCACCAGCGAGAGAGCAGAACCCAAUCCCAUUACAAAGUCAGCAGCAGCCAAAGCUCUUCCCCCCACCUCCCUCACCAUUCCAUGGGUGGCCCUGCAUCCUCCACCCAGCAGGGAUCUAACUGCUGCCACCAACAUGCCAAACCCAGCCCCUCUCCCUCCCGCUCCAAUGGUGUUGGCUCCCCAUCCAUCAUCAGCUCCCAAGCGUCCUCCUCAUCCUCCUCGUCCUCCGCCGACAGCUGGGCCCCAGAGGCGUCGAUAGACCUGUCCGACUGCUUGUCUGACUGCUCGUUGGUGCGUCAGCGGCGCUUCCUCAACACGGCAGAGAUCCUGAGCCAGUCGGGCCUGCUGGCCAUCACGCUGCGCACCAAGGAGCUGCUGCGCCAGAAUGCCGCCACUGAGAAAGAGCUGGCCCAGCUCCGCCAGCACGCCCAGCUCCUCUGUCUGGCAGCCCAGACCGGCCAAGAGGCCACCCAGCAAGGCCCCAACGACAGUCCCAGCCCCAUGGACAAGCUGCUCCAGGCCAUGUCCCAGUCGGGACGCUACCCGAGCCUGGACUGGACCUACUUUAAUGCCAACGGCCACAACCAUCCUGAGAAAGGAGACGAGGCUGAGAAACACAGCAGUAACAACAACAAGCGUUGCCCGUCUCAGAACCCCUUGGCAGCAGCGUCCCAUGACGAUGGCACGUCACCUCCGUCGCCACUUCUCGCCCUGUCUCCUGACCCAGAGGACCGUCCCAAUGUUCUCGCCCUGUCUCCUGACCCAGAGGACCGUCCCAAUGUUCUCGCCAGCCUGCUCUCCAUCUCUCCAUCUUCCCCUCCCCAGGGUCGGGCCGCUAAGCCCCUGUGUGACCUCAUCAUGCACCCGGAUAGCUCCACCCACCAGGCCUAUUUAUUCUAG